AUGACCAUCCUCGUCACAGGCGGCAACGGGAAAACAGGUUCCAUACUUUGCAAACUCCUCCACAGCGCUAAUGUGCCAUUCCUCAUUGCGUCGCGUUCUGGGAAGGCGCCUGAACCUUUCAAAGCCGUCACAUUUAAUUGGCUCGAUCCAACGACAUACGAAAAUCCUUUCCAGGCCGAUCCGAAUAUCGACAAAAUAUACAUUGUCGGUCCCGACAACGUCUUUGAACAACUGCCGUAUGUGAGGCCAUUCCUGGAGUUGGCUGUGUCAAAGGGAGUAAAGAGAUUUGUCGCCUUGACAUCUACUCAAUCUCAGCCUGGGGAUCGACCAACGGGAGUCAUCCACCAAGUUCUGUUGGACCUUAACGUUGAAUUUACAGUACUUAAGCCUACCUGGUUCAUUGAUAAUUUCGCUACCAUGUUCUACACCAGUAUCAGGGAGAACAAUGAGAUAGUUACAACGUCAGGAAAUGGCAAGGUUCCUUUCAUUGCUGCUCAAGACAUAGCAGAAGCUGCUUUUAAAGCUUUGACCGCGGAUAAAACCCUUCAAGAAGAAUUUUUAAUUCUAGGACCUGAGCUACACUCGUAUGACGAGGCUGCCCACAUUCUUUCUACUGUCCUGGGAAGGACAAUAACUCACAGGCAUAUAUCAGUCGAAGAAAAGACUCAAAUUCUCAGUCAUUUCUUAUCGCUCGAAUAUGCGGCAUACCUUGCUGACAUCGAGCAUAAGAUUGCCGCGGGAUCGGAAGAGAAGUUUUUGGAGGAAGCUGAUAACAAGAAGUUUGUGGGGAAAAGAACUUUGUUGCAAUUCUUCCAGGAUAACAGAAACUUGUGGAUUAAAUGA